CCACUGCUGACCUCACUGUCUCUUUGUGAAGGGAAAAUCCAGAGUUGCAUUCUGUGAAAUGGCAAAUGGUCGACCAGCUGCGAGUGGAACGCAUCUCUGUCUCUAACCUAACACAGGCCUACAGAUGAGCGCUGAAGAGCCCACUGCCACACUCUCCUCUGUACAACAGACCAUACAAGGAAAACAUGAAUCUUGAUGGAGAUACAUUAUCUGUGAUUGAGAAUCCUGUGGCAGUCAGUCAUUCUUUCCACCCAGAGAAGACAGGAUUGGGAGAGGCCCGAGGAGCUCAGAGUCAGAGCUGCCAUGCCUGGCUGAGAGGAAUCCAUUCUACAAACCACGUGUCAGCCAAUAGACUGGUGAGAGUACUGGCUGCUGUGUGUGCAGUAGGACUUCUCGGAGGCUUAGCAGUCGGAGUGUGGUUCCUAGUCAGGUUGUUGUUGAGGCCUACCUCUUCUCAGAGCCCAGCUGGGCUGGGGGACACCAAGGAGACGUCCUUCUGUAACGUGACCGAGGACAUCUCUGUAGCUGACCCCAGGAAAGGUUCAGUGUUUUACAGAAUCAGCCCGGAGAACUCUCUCUUGGAGAUCCAGCUAGAGAAGGUGCCCACCUGGCUGCCUGUGUGCUAUGAGAGAUGGAACUCUUCCCUGGGGACCCUGGUCUGCCGCCAGCUGGGAUAUCUAAGACUGACCAAGCAAAAGGGGGUGAACUUAACCGACAUCGGACCAAACUACACAGAUGGCUUUAUACAGAUUACCUCCGAACACAAUAGCAGCCUGGAAAAUAUAUGGCAGUUAAGGGGGAGUUGUGUCACAGGGAAGGUUAUAGCUUUGAAAUGUUUUGAGUGUGGGACCCGGGCUAAGCUUCCCAGGAUAAUUGGGGGAGUUGAGGCUACCUUGGGAAGGUGGCCCUGGCAAGUUAGUCUCUACUACAGCAACCGACACACCUGUGGAGGCACCAUCAUCACCAGCCAAUGGGUGGUCACAGCAGCCCACUGUGUGCACAACUAUAGGCUACCACAGGUGUCCAGUUGGGUGGUCUACGCUGGUAUUGUCACACGCAGUUCAGCUAAAAUGUCUCAGUACAUUGGAUAUCCAGUGGAAAAGAUCCUCUACAACAAGAACUACAAUCCCAGGAGCCACGACAAUGACAUUGCUCUGAUGAAACUGCGAACCCCACUGAAUUUCUCAGAUACCAUCAGGCCUAUUUGUCUGCCACAGUACGAGCGUGAUCUUCCAGGAGGAACACAGUGCUGGAUCUCUGGCUGGGGCUACACUCAACCGGAUGAUGUUCUCAUCCCUGCCACGCUAAAAGAAGCUCCGGUCCCACUGAUAAGCACCAAGAAAUGCAACAGUUCCUGCAUGUACAAUGGAGAGAUCACCCCCCGCAUGCUCUGUGCUGGAUUUACAGAGGGCAAAGUGGACGCAUGUCAGGGGGACAGUGGGGGUCCUCUGGUCUGUCAAAUUGACAACGUGUGGAGACUGGUGGGGGUGGUGAGCUGGGGUACAGGCUGCGCUGAGCCCAACCACCCCGGAGUCUACACCAAGGUGGCCGAGUUCCUCGGCUGGAUCUACGACAUGAUUGAGAGCUACUGAGGAGGAAGAGGAAUAAGACAAUGGAUGAUCAGGGGGACUCAUGUAUGACCAGAACAGCAAACUGAAACAUAAGAUGCUCCUGACAUUCUUCCUCCUGUACUAUAUCUGUCAUUUUACCUCCUUAUAAUGGCCAUGUUUAUUGCAGAAAUGCAUACAUUAUUUAGGAAAUAAUUUUAUACUAUUUGUUUGUCAUACAUUUUAUUUUUAGCACCUGAAUGAGAACAUAUUUAUAUCAUAUAUUUGUCUUCUAAUGAAAAUAAAUUAUGCUUCAUAUCUAAACAUGUCAUUUGUUUCUCUGGUGUGAUGAAACAGGUUUAUGUGUCUGGGCCAUCAUGUCUGAAGGAUGCAGACACUGUUCACCGCUGAGUGCAAAGUAGUAGUACCUCUCUCCUGUCAGAAGAGGGCGUGCAUGCACCCCUAUCAUCUCUUUUCUAUAGUAAAAGAGGGCACUCGCGACAAAAGUUGAGUUUGUCAACAUUUAGCUGUAACGUUAGAACAAGGGUCGCAAAAACUUGAAGCAAGUUUACUGUGAGUAUUUCCAUGUGUUAAAAGGAUAACUACUGUACUCCAUCUGAUUCACAGCAUUCGUACCAAAUGGUUUGAUUGUAUUCAAGGCAUUGCUGGCUGGUGUAUUGGGGUAGCUAUUUAGCUACACUACUGUAACGUUAGCUAGCUAACAUAAACGUUAUUUCACCUAGCAAGGAAUUAUCUCCAUGCUUGUUCAUCUAUAGCUAGCGUGCCUUGCCAUACCAUAAUCAAAUGCAAAACUCCAAUGAGCUGUGUGUAUACUGAACUAAAUCCCUCAACAUAUUUUCUGAAAUAUGUCUUCAUCCCUGGUAGUACAAAUGACAAAGCAGGAAGUUUUGCAGUAGUUCAACCAGUUCUGGUCCAUGUUAGACGACCUGUCACAGAAUGACCCCCAAAGCUACCAGAUGUUUAUCGAGAAACAAAUAAAACAGGGAGCUAAUAAUAAUGCACUACCUCAGCCUGACUCCUGCCUACUCACUGAAAUGCUGGAACCACAAAUGACCUGCUUUCUAUGAGCAGCUACACCCACACUGUAGAGUUUAUAGAUUAAAAACACACUUAGAACACUGGCCUACAUAAGAGAUAAGAGAAUACUGGUUCGUUUGUUUGCAGUGCACGUUUGGCUGUGCAAUGCUAGCUAAUAAUAUGAAGGUGUGAACUAUAAAGAGGCUGAACAGUUGCUUUGUUGUUUGUGUCAGGAAGCACAUUUAUACGGAGACUUGAUUACACACAGGUGGAUUGUAUUUAUCAUCAUUAGUAUUUUGGUCAACAUUGGAUCAUUCAGAGAUCCUCACUGAACUUCUGGAGAGAGUUUGCUGCAC